AUGAGAGAGCAAGGCGAUCGACGAAGACAGCAACAAUUCCAGACGAUCUCACGCACUCAUCGAAUAUCUUUUCCUGACAAGAACACUCGAAUUGUUCCAAGCCAGCAAGCUACGCAAACAGGUGAGUUGAAUGCCAUACGGAAACGUCCCCUCUCGGAACGAACGCCAACGACAUCGUCGUCUAAACAACGCAUUUUAACGCCUUCUCAGCCUAUAACAAAUCGAAAUCGUCACGACGGUGACAAUGGUGGACCAAAGCAAACAAAUAAGCAUGGGCAACAACUUAUGAAUCGCUUGAAUGUCCCAGCGUACCGUAGACAACUGUCAAAAGCACGCAAGAAUGCAAUGGAACUAAAGCGAAUCCGCGAAGCGUUGAAACAUCACAUGAAGGUGCCCAAAAGUUUACCAUUGAAUUCACUGAAGCGAAAGUCUCAUUCAAGAAAGCACACCCGUCCAGUUGAUCCUGAAAAACGUCGUCUUCGGAAACUAAUGCGACUGAAAACCAUUCUUAAGUAUCAGUCCGCUAAAUUGCCUGUUGCGAAUUCACCUCCACCUCCACCUCCAGCAGCGCCUGCGAAUGCUAGACCAAUCGCACGACCGCAUUUACCUCAACAGCAUCAAAAUACUCAUCGUCAGAUACGUCCACAAAACCCUGCGAAGAUGAAUCCUCAACAACAAAAACGGGUGAACUUUGGGGCGAAAAAACAGGUGAACUUUGGGGUGAAAGCUCCUGCACGUCAAUUCCAAGCCAGAACAGUGCAACCUGUGGUAACCACACAAGUUCAAUCGGCAGCAAAAACCCAGAAACCUUCAUUUGCUAGUCAGCGUCUCAUCCCCCAGCAACACUCUCAGCUGCAGAAUUUGCACAUUCCAACGGCGAAACCAAUAUUAUCGAAUCAGUUCAGACCUUUACCACUACUGCCUCGUGAUCCGGAAACUGAGGCAUAUCUUCGUGAAAUUGAAGACUACGAUUUUGCAAUUGAAACGCAAAAGCAGAUGCAACGGCAACUACGGCGAAAAGCUACGCGAUCUGAAGGCACUCGUGAUGCUUUCGAUGAUACAGACAUUCAGUAUGAGAACAUUAGAACACCAAAAGGAGAGGUAGUAGUUGCUUCUUGA